AUGAAAUUUGGAAAUAACUUACAAUAUCUAUCUAUACCUGAAUGGAAAAGUUAUAAUAUAGAUUAUAAUGACUUGAAAUUCAAAAUUAAAAAUAUAACUAAAUCAAAUUCGAAAGACUUGAACAAAUUGAACAAAAAUUUUAUUGAAAAUAUUGAUUAUAUAAAUUUAUUUAUUCAAACAAAAUAUGGUGAAUUAAAUAGAAAAUUUAAAUAUCUUGAAAGAUUUUUUAAUAAUAUAAGAUCAAAAGUUUAUAAUGCAAAUAACAAUAAUGCUAUUGCUAGUAGUGUUGAUCACAAGUCUGAGGGAGAGCGUCCCAUUGCAAAAUCAUAUGAGGAUUCAGUAGAUAUAAAAUCAAUUUUAAUUGAAAUUGAUGAACUAUUUUAUCAAGCGAUAGAAUUAUCAAUUAUACUAAAAAAUUUAUCAAAAUUUAUAUUAAUUCAAAAAAUUGCAUUGAAAAAGAUAUUUAAAAAGUUUUUAAAAUAUUAUAAAUACAAACAAUUGGGUACUGAAUUUAUUUUAAAUAUAAAAACCUAUCUUUUGACUAAUCCUCAAUCAUUUAUAAAUUUUGAUUUAACCAAAUUAACUUUAAAAUUAACAAACUUUAUUAAUUUGAUUGAAUAUGAAAGAAAAUUGCUACAACAUUUUGAUCAAGACUAUAAUAGCUACAACAAUCACACUCAUUCUAAUCAAUUACAUAGAAAAAACUCAUUAUUUUCAAUAACUUCAACUUUAAAUUCUUCAUCAGAUUAUCAAAAUUCCAUAUUACCUUCAACAAAUUGUGGUAACAAUAGCAACCAACAACAAUUACCUACAUCCCCCGGUUCAUACUUUGAUUUAUUAACACAACUUAAGAAGAACUUUCAAUGUCACUGCCUAAUUCCAAAUGAUUUAAAUAAUGAUGUAAUAAUAAAUUUUAAUAUCUACUUAAACUUGAAAUGUAUUGAAGAUGAUUUAAUUUCAGUAAUUUAUUUAAAUCAUGAUUUAUUAAAAGAUCCGGCAAAGAUUAUAACAAGUUCUAAAAAUUCACAAUCUACAAUUAUUGCACCAACUGGUGGAUUAAGAAAAAAUUCUUAUUGUAUAUUGGAUAAUGAAGUAGUAGAAACAUUUUUAUUACAUUUACAAAAUAGAUCAAAUGAAAAUUACAAAAAUAAAUUAUCAAUAGCAUUUCAAGAUUCUACUCAAUUAACUAAAAAGACAAUCAAUUUUAUAGUUGCAAAUGAUUAUUUACCAACUUCAAAAUUAAUUUGUAAAAGAUCAAGAUUUAAAAUUGAAAAAUUCGAGGACGAAGAAAAUGAAGAGGAAGAAGAAACUCAUAGUACAACAAAUACAAAUUUUCAAGAGGAAAAUGAUUAUUUUAUUACACUUGAUAGUGAGAUUUACACAACUAACAAAUAUAAAUAUAUCAACACUAUAGUUCUCCCAACUGAUGUUGAAAAAUUCGAUGUUUUCCCACAUAAUCAUUUAGGUAUCUACUCUAAUGAUACUAAUUUAUUUGACUUUGAAUCGUCAUUAAAUACAGAAGUUAAUAAAAAUGGUAUAAUCAAUAAUACUUUCAAUCUAUCAAGUUUAAGAAGAUUUCCUAGAAAAUUAAAAUCAAUAUUAAAUAACAACUACAUUAACUUGUACAAAAAGUUUGAUUUUUAUCAAUAUCAAGUAAGUUGUUAUUACAAUAUCAUCCCAAACAAUGAAUUCAUAAACAACCAUUAUACAAACUUGCUCAACUUAAAUUUAUUAAAAAACUUCGAAAAUGUAGAUAUAAUAAAUCAACAAUUAAACGAAGAAGAUAACAUCAUAAAGAAAAAAUCAAACAACAUAAUAAAACACAAAAUGUCAAUUCAAUCAAUUCAAAACGAACAGUUAUCAAUAUCACAACAAUGUCCAAAUCAGCAAAAUAGUUUUGGAUCAAGUAUAUUUGAACAAACUCAACAUGAUUCUGCUGAAAGUGUAUCACCACAAGAAAUGAAUUUUACAGAAGAUGAAAAUACUAAUGAUUUACAUGAUAAUCAAGUUAAUAAAUUUUUGAUUUCCAUUUACAACCUUAAAAAGAAAUUUUUCAACACUAAUCAAUCACCAGAGGAAAAACCAUUACCAAUUUAUGAAAACCCAUAUUUUUAUACAUAUGAAAAUGAAGAUAUUGAUCCAUAUACUAAGUUAUUAAGUAUAAUGAAUGUUAAUCAAAAUUAUCAAAAUCAAAUAUUUAAUAAUUCGACAUAUGAUUCAAUUAAUGAAGAACCAAUGAGUUAUUUACAACGAAAUGAAUUCAAGAAGCAAUACGAAUUAAGUUAUGACAAGACAUUAUCAUAUAUUUAUUUUGCAUUAAAUAUCAUUUCUUUAUUUCUUAUGGGUAUACAAUUAGGUAUGAUCUAUUCAAUAUUCAACAAUAUAGAUGCUGUUACUGGAUCAAAGUUUUUAAUUCGUGAUAAUUUAAGUAUUUUCAUUAUAUUAGUGUUUGGGAUGAUUAUAAGUUUAUCAUUCUCUUUAAUUUCAAUAAAUUUAUUAUAUUAUAGAUUUAAUUAUGGUGAAAAAUUUCAUUAUUGGAUUAUUUGGUUUGGGUUUGGAUUUAAUUUAAUUGGAUGUAUUUGGAGUUGUUAUUUAUUAUUAAGUCAUUUUUAA